GUCUUCCUUCUGUUCUCGACGACGGUAGGUCUGCCGUUGAAGGUCUUUCGAGCUCGACGAAGUGGGACAGGGCUAGUCAAACAGCCUCCGAGUCAGUGUAAGGUGAUCUUCAACUUACUUCACCAUCCUCAAUUUCCGGCUCCCACGAUCCGUCGAAACCUUAAAACAAAAUAAAUUGCAAAUUCAUAUGUGGAGAAGCUUGAAAUGGAAUUGAGCGGCUCAAAAGCUUCAACUCCAGAUCUUGAUGAACUGAACCGAAGGAAGGUCGGAAUCCUUAACGGAUUGCAAGAUUUACGAGAGAGAAUCAGCAAGGAGGGGGCUGACGCAGCAGUUCACAAGUUGAUAUCUCUUAUGCAGACGCUAAAGGCUCUAGAAACACAGGAAUCUGAGUUUCAGUCUGAUUGUGAUGCGAAACGUUCUUCAUUGGAAGCUGAAGUUAACGAUUUGGAGGUAAAGAUUGCAACCGGUUGUGAUGGUGAUCUUGAUGAUUUAAACGAUUCUUUGAGAAAAACAUUGGAGAAACUUGAUUCAGCAAAGAAGGAACUUGCAGCUAGGCUAAGGGCAAUGCUAUCACUCAAGCGGCAGCUGGAUGAUGUGCCGGUGCAGUCAGAACUCAUCCAGUAUGAGCGCCGAUUUUCAGAGCUCAAUGCUCAUAUCCAGGAAAAACUUCAACAAACCCGGAAAUAUUACGCCACCUACAAUGCUCUUUUGGAGAUUAAAGAGUUGAUGCUAAAGGAAACUUCCUUAUUAAAUUCUAUAAGUUCACAGUUUCAAGAUGCCUUUGCUAGCACUGAAGGUCGCAGCAAACUGCUUGAUUCCAUGGAAGGAAUUGUCAAGUCUAGCCAGCAGAAGCUGGAAAAGGUGCAACUUGGGCUGCAAGACGAACAGAAGGUUUAUGAUGCACUAAAAGAGAGGUAUGCUGCUGCAAUAACACAGAAAAGAUGCUGCUAUUCUCUCUUAGAAGCUUUUCAGGAGGAAUGUGCAAGAAACGAGAGACUUAAGAACCAGAUUUCUGCUCAGAAGAAGAACUAGAUCAUUUAAGGUUGGAUAUUCAAGCAUCACCCAUGACGGCCAAUUUUUUUUUUUUUUUUUUUAAGGCAUCACUAAUAACAUGGUAAAAAUAGCAGACUGCUUACAAGUUGCCAGUCAAAUCGCAAGUGAGCUGAUUGCUUACAGAAGUUGUUUGUCAGAGAAAAGUGAUAUUCACGGUUAGAUUUUGUACUUAAUGAGAAUGUUGUCUUACAUGUUUGUCUCAUAAUUUUAGGAGUUGUAUGCACACACACACACACACACCAUAAUUUUAGGAGUUGUAUGCACACACACAUACACACUAUUAUAUUUAAUGUAAAUACAUCAAAGGUUUAACUGAGUAACUCGUCUCGUUACUGUUCCGGAACAUUUUUUAUACGUUUUGGUCCUCUGCCUAUUUUUCCAGAACCUUUUUGGUCCCUUCGUCAAGGAGGAUGGCGG